AUGGCUGCUCCUACAGGCCCUGCUAUCAAUCACCCAUCCAACGAUUAUCGAUUGGCCUUUCUUUACGAUCAAAACGCACCGCAAUCGUUGGUCGGCUCCGUCAUUUCGGCCGCGACCAAGGAGUUUGAAGAGCGAGAAGCCACCCUGCUCGUAACAUGCGCAUCGCCCUGCCCUACGUCCGUCAACUUUCCUCAGCAGACCAUCACGCACCGGUCCGGGUCAAUCUGGGAGGGCCAAUACGCCGUUUCGGGUACCACAACCUCCUGGGGUUGUGAUUUGGGCUCUGGUGCCUAUGUUACUCAAGGCAAAACCAUAGAGAAUGGUCGCAACUGCACCCAUGUCACGGUUGGGCCAAGUGGUAAUACAUUGGCAACAGCAACUGAGACCCUCGCCGAGUGUGAUGUCGAUGCGAGAUCAAAGAUGCUUUUCGUGACGGCUGGGCUUGACGAAUGGCGCAAGGUUGAAAGCACGCCAAAGAAGUCCCCUGAAGAGCAGCUCUCAGCGUACUCUUCUGCUCUCAAGUCUAAGGGGUGCACGGCGACAACAACCCCGGUUGCUAGUCCUGCUGGAGCUACAACUUUACCCAAAGGUGAAUCUGGUAGCCAGCCCACUACGCAAGCGACUGCGUCCCCAAGCAGCAGCAGGUCCGCUGCUCAGCAGACCAAGCUUGGUCCUUUGCUUCUCGUCAGUGCAGUCGUGUUGGGUGUUUUCAACGGCGCGCUAUAG